UCUCUCUCUCUCUCUCGGUAGAGAUAGGGUCCCCGGCGGCGAAGAGGGGGAGAUGAAGAACGUCGGCUCUUUCUAUCUCCCCCAUACCUAAUUCAGUGAUGACACUGGCUGGCUCGGGACACCAAUUCCAUCCCCACCCGCUUGCCCAAAAACGGUGUAGGAUCGAACAUACUGCUCACUCCGGGCCGACAAUUAUUCCCGGGUCUUCAAUAUUGUGGCAAAACUUCUUGUUAAUAAUCGGAGCCAAGAUCCAGGAGGGGUGGGAGAAGCAGAAUGGCGGAGAUUGUGGUGAGCAGUUUGAUCGAAAAGAUAACGGAGGCCCUGGCAUCGGUGGCCAUCAGGCGGGUAGGCUCCCUGCUUACCCCCGAACGACAAGUCCACUCCAAGAUAAGCGACAUCAAAGGAGAACUCCAUGUCAUGCAGGAGUACCUCCGGUAUGCCGAUCGCUACAGAGGAAGUGACCGUCAAGUCGUCCGAGCCUGGCUCAAUGGUGUCAGAGACGUUGCAUUUCAGAUCGAAGACAUCGUCGACGAGUACACCUAUAUCAUGGCUAGACGGAACCGGAGCAACCUCCUCAUGGGCCACCUCUUCCGUGUCUUCAACUACUACCACGACAGGGCUUUGCAUGACAUCGCCACUCGGCUAGAGAAGGUGGAGAUCAAGCUCGGCCGGCUCUCCGAGACUAACAGACGAUACAGCCUCAGGAUCGGAGAAGGAACGUCGGAUAACUUCAAUAAUGAACGCGAGAUGGGUUGGCGUCUCGCGGUGUCUGCGCACUUCCUGAAAGAAGAUGGCAUAGUUGGGGUCGAGGAGCAAAGAGAGCAACUCAUCAGGUGGCUGACGGAUGAGGAGCCCCGAAGGACGACGGUCUCCGUCUGGGGCAUGGGAGGUGUUGGCAAGACCACUCUUGUCACCGGUGUUUACAAAGGUCAGAGGAUCAUCGGCCGGUUCGACUGCCGGCUGUGGGUUUACGUGUCUCAAAGCUGCACGACCGCUGAUUUGCUGAGAAGAAUCAUGAGAGAAUUCUACCGUGAAACGAUGGAGGCCGCUCCGCAUGACAUCUGCUCCAUGGAUCACAGAAUGCUGGUCGAGACUAUCCGUGCACAUCUGCAGCAAAAGAGGUACCUCAUUAUCUUAGAUGAUGUUUGGCAAACAGAUGUUUGGACCAAUGCUAGUGAUGCUUUGUUUGAUAAUAAUCGUGGGAGUAGGGUUGUAAUUACCACUCGGAAGCAGGAAGUAGCUACAAUGGCAGAUGAUUGCCGGGUCGUAGAACUAAAGCCUCUGAAGGAGGAAGAGGCAUGGACUCUCUUCUGUAGGAAAGCAUUUCAGAGAGAGAGGCAUAGAAUUUGUCCUCAAGAGCUGGAGUAUUGGGCUAGAAGACUGGUGGAGAAAUGUGAAGGCUUGCCUUUGGCUAUAGUGACUCUAGGCAACGUCCUGGCACAGAGUGCAAAGACAGAGUUGGCAUGGAAGAAUGUUCAUGAUAACCUCUUAUGGGAGAAAAGCAAUAACCCGGAUCUCCACAAGGUUUCUGUAAUUUUGAGCCUUAGCAUCAACGAUCUACCAACUUAUCUAAGGAACUGCUUCUUAUACUGCAGCAUAUUCCCAGAGGAUUAUUUGAUAGAAAGGAAAAGGUUGAUAAGGCUAUGGGUGGCAGAAGGUUUUGUCAAAGGAGAAACGGGAGAGAGCUCAAGGGAGGAGGUGGCAGAGGAUUACCUCAACCAGCUUGUCGGCCGUUGUAUGCUGCAAGUCGUACGCAGGAAUGAAUUCGGAAGGACGACCCGCUGCCAAGUUCAUGAUCUAAUGAGGGAAUUGAUUGUGGCCAGAUCAAGAGAAGAGAAUUUCUGUGAAAUUUAUGACCACAAUUUGAGAGGGAAUGCGCAACAUAGAGUUCGAAGGCUUUCAAUAAUUGGAGGCAGGGGUGAUCAUCAGUCUAGCAUGACAUUGGAACAACUCUGCUCCUUCCAUGUCUUCCCAUCGUCAUCAGUUUUGUCCCCUUUAUUACUUCCCAAAUUUAAGCUACUGAGGGUUUUGGAUCUGCACUGUGCUCCUAUUGAUAGAGUACCAGAUGAAGUGGUCCAUCUCUUCAACUUGCGCUAUUUGAGCGUAAGAGGGACGAAGGUGAGAGAGCUUCCAAAGGCAGUAGGUAGGUUGCGGAACCUAGAAACCUUGGAUGCAUGGCUCGCUAGUGUUGAGAACUUACCUAGAGGAACAACAAAGCUAGAAAAUUUGCGGCACUUGAUGGUGAAGAAAAUCCAAAGCAAAACUUCAAGAUACACAAAUAGCGUUACCGGGGUGCAUGCUCCUGAUGGAAUAGAAAAUUUGAAGAGCCUGCAGACACUAAAGGCUGUGGUGGCAGAUGAGGACAUGAUAAAACACCUGGGAAAUUUGACACAUUUGAGAAGAUUGGAGAUAGUGGAAGUGAGAAACAUGCACUGUGCUAAGCUAUCCAAAUCCAUAGUGAAGAUGAAACACCUACGCCACUUGGUUAUUGCAAGAAAAUACAGGCAAGAGACUUUGUCGUUGGAAGCUCUCUCCCCUCCACCUCCCCUGCUUCGAAAGCUCGGUUUAUAUGGAAAGCUGGACCAGGAGAGGUUGCCCAACUGGUUAAUCUCCCUCGCGAACCUCACGCAUCUAACACUGCAGUCAUCUGGAUUUGGGGAAGAUUCGCUUCGUCUGCUAUCCUCUCUGCCUAAUCUUGUAUUUCUGAUUCUUUUCGAAGCAUAUGAUGGUCAGCAUUUGCACUUCAAAGCGGAUUGGUUCCCUCAGCUUAAUGUUCUCCGGUUGCAAGACAUGGCCCGUCUCAGUAGCAUCGAGAUAGAACAAGGGGCACUAAUAAACUUGCAGGAGCUGCUCUUAGUAAGAUGCAGAGAAUUGAAGAUGGUGCCUCUAGGCCUUGAAAACGUCACUCGUCUCCAAAGAUUGGAACUUGAUGAUAUGCCCAAAGAGUUGGUGGAUAAGCUGCGUGAAGGGCGAGAGAGCAAGGAGGAUCGCUCAAGGAUUCAGCAUAUUCCCGUUAUCAUGAAUUGGGCCAAGACGGGGGACAAUUGCUGGACUGAGGAAAGGCUUUCGUAGCGUUUACCAUGUACUCAAUGGAUUAGACAUGCAUAGAGCCUGGAUAUUCCCUUCAAGAAGAGGUAAGGGGUAAUCUGAGACAGGAGGAUAUGGGGGUAUAUACCACAUAUCCUCUUAUUCCUUGUACAUCUAAAGUGAAUAAUAGAUAUUUUUUUUUUCUGAGAAAUUAAAGCUAAAAUGCAGAUUCAUUGUAAAUUUUCAUGUGCUUUUUCUGCCUGUCCAGAUUUUUUGCAAGAUGAUUGUUCCUUUAACCGAGCUUUCUGGAUUGAACAGUACUUGUUACAGCACAGGCAACCAGAAGUUCUC